CUUCUUUUCGCUGUGCACCUAUGAACGAAGCGUGCAUGGUUUUCUUGAAUUAAGUCAUUAAAUUUUGUUCAAAAUAUGUCUUGUACAAAUUUUGGGGUCUUGAAACGCAUAUGCUCUGCAACUUUUCUGCAGAGUUACAGAAAAACAUUCGACAUUUCGAUAAAAAAGUUACAUUAUUUUCAAAUCAGAGUUAAUUCUAAUUAUGCGAGCAAAAAUUGUUUUAAGGAAGAAUUUUGCUAUAGAAAUACUAGUUUUUUGCUUCCUAGUUUGUAUCAAAAUGCUAACUUGAUGCCCGCCAGAUUUAACACUAGAAGUUAUUCAAGGUGGUCAAAAUGCCCUCAAAGUAGUGCAUCUGUAAACUCGAGUUCCAGAAAGAAACAUAGAUAUAAAGAUUUACAGUUUGCUGAGAAAAUGAGACACAAACUUUACUUUACUAAACUGAGAGCUAAAAGAAGAGUGACUAAAACAAUUGUGGAAAUAAAAGAAAAUAUUUUGACAGUGCCUAACGGACUUUGUGUAUUAAGGAUAUUAUCAACUCCUGUUUUAGGUUAUCUUGUUAUUUCUGAAUUUUACACAGCAUCUCUUGGACUUUUCAUUGUUGCUGGAUUUACAGAUUUGAUCGAUGGUUUUAUUGCACGUAGUUUUCCGAGCCAACAGACCAUGAUAGGGAGUUUCCUUGAUCCAGCUGCUGAUAAACUUCUCAUUGCGACUCUUUUUAUUACAUUAACUGUAAAAGGCCUGAUUCCAGUUCCUUUGACAACUUUGAUAAUUUUACGAGAUGCUUGUUUAUUCGGAGCUGGAUUUUAUAUACGUUAUGUGUCAUUGCCACCACCUAAAACAUUGAGCAGGUAUUUUGACAUGUCUUUUGUCACUGCACGAUUAUCUCCCACUAACCUCAGUAAGGUGAAUACAUUCUUACAACUUUGCCUUGUAGCAGGUUCACUUUCAGCUCCAGUGUUCAAUUAUGUGGACCAUUUGUAUCUGCACAUACUUUGGUACAUAACUGGAACUACAACAGUACUAUCUGCUGCUAGUUAUGUCUAUUAUAAUCAUUCAACAUACAAAGUUUUUCUCAAGGAUAGUAAAAAGUGAUAUUUGAUUCCUGAAAAAUAGAAAGAUGACCUUAUGUUGGAAAUAGGAUUUUUUUAAUACUCAAAAAAGACGAUGUAGUAUUAAAAAAUCUAUAUAUAUUUAUUUAAAAACUUAGAAUAUAUUUUGAAGUAUAACGUGUGCUGUCAGUUUUGUAAGAAGAAGUAUUAAGUUUAAUCAUUUUACAUCAGUGUUUUAUAAUUAUAUUUGUACUGACAAUUUCGUUUGAUGUUCUUAAAA